UCAGCAGGUUUGUGUCUUGUGCUGUGAUCUCUCUUCAUUCUCCUCUAUUGUCUGUAGGGCAUCACAUCUGCUUCUCCUCCUGCGCAGACAGGAUUUAGGACCCCGGAGGGCGGCGAGGACGAAGAGUCACAUGACUGUGAUUCCAGGCAAGUUCAAGGAAACAUCAGAGAGAGGAGAGAGAAGAGUAUGAACUAACAGAGAUCUGCGGGGAGCACCAAUGGGAGCCACUGUCCUCUGCCUGCUACUGGCCGCCUGUCUAUGUGAGCAGGUCCGAGGUGACCCGUCAUUCACCAUCGACUAUGUCCGAGACUGCUUCCUGAAGGAUGGGAAGUGCUUCCGAUACGUUUCGGGGAGCAUCCACUACUUCCGAGUGCCACCCGUCUACUGGAAGGACCGCCUGCUGAAGAUGUACAUGACAGGACUCAAUGCUGUUCAGGUAUAUGUUCCCUGGAAUUUCCAUGAACCUCAGCCCGGGAUGUUUCAUUUUUAUGGAGAUCGUGACCUGGAUCGGUUUCUGAACCUGACUGCGGAACUUGGCCUGCUCGUCGUCCUGAGGCCCGGACCUUACAUCUGUGCCGAGUGGGAUAUGGGGGGGCUCCCAGCCUGGCUCCUGAAAAAGAAAGACAUAGCUCUGCGGACCUCAGAUCCAGAUUACUUAAAUGCUGUGGACUCCUGGCUAUCCGUCCUGCUCCCCAAAAUCCAGCCACGCCUGUACAGCAAUGGAGGAAACAUCAUCAGUGUCCAGGUGGAGAACGAGUACGGCAGCUUUUAUGCGUGCGAUUACAGCUACCUGCGCCAUCUGCUGACCACCUUCCGAAUCUACCUGGGCGAUGACGUCGUUCUGUUCACCACCGAUGGCAACACAGACAAAGAGCUCCGGUGCGGGACCCUGCAGGGGCUCCUUGCCACGGUGGAUUUUGGACCCGCGGACAAUGCUACAAAAGCCUUUGAAUUACUGCGAAGAGCGCAGCCCAGAGGACCUCUGGUAAAUUCUGAGUAUUACACGGGGUGGUUGGACUACUGGGGGGAGAAACACGCUAGCAGCUCAGCUGAACAAGUGAGCCGAGGUCUACAAGACAUUCUGGAGACUGGAGCCAGCGUCAAUAUGUAUAUGUUUGAAGGAGGCACCAACUUUGGCUACUGGAAUGGCGCCGACUUCAAGUAUACGUACAAGCCGAUUACAACAAGCUACGAUUAUGACGCACCUCUGACAGAGGCGGGAGACCCCACCGAUAAAUUGCUGGCAAUCCGCUCUGUGAUUAGCAAGUUCCAGUCAGUGCCAGAAGGACCCUUUCCUCCCCCCACUCCUAAAUAUUACUAUGGUUUAGUCUCUUUGAAUAAGAUUGGUGAUCUUGCAGAUCUUUUAGAGGUUUUCUCGAGAGGUGACCCCUUUGUGACCCAAUACCCCAUUACCUUUGAGGAUAUGAAACAGGUUUUUGGAUUUGUAUGGUAUAGGACCAGCCUACCCUCAGACAUCCCGAUCCUCACUCCUCUCUCAUCGCAAGUUUCAGGCGUCCAUGACCGGGCGUACAUUUCAGUUGGCGGGCGAUUCUGCGGUGUGCUGGAGAGAGACAGCCUCAAGGAUGUCAAUGUGACGGGGAUCGCAGGAGAACAUCUGGAUGUUCUGGUGGAAAAUAUGGGGAGGAUCAAUUUUGGGGCAGUUGUGAAUGAAUUCAAGGGUUUGGUGGGAAACCUGACUCUGGGGGGUGACAUCCUCAGAGAUUGGGUGGUGUACUCGCUGGAUAUAGAUGGCCAAAUUGCAGCAGGCUGGCCGCACGUCCCAGACAAUAACAUCAGGAUGAAUGCAAAUUUGCAGAACAGAAGUGGUCCGACCUUCUACAGCGGAACGUUUCAAAUCAGCGCAGUGGGGGACACAUUCCUAAAACUUCCCAAAUGGACAAAGGGCCAGGUUUGGAUAAACGGCUUCAACAUCGGGAGAUACUGGCCUGCUCGAGGGCCACAGAUUACCCUGUAUGUACCCAGCAAUAUUCUGAGCCUGUCGCAACCGAAUCGCAUCACCAUACUGGAACUAGAACAUGCUCCAGACUGGCCCGAGGCCAUCUUUCUGGACCGACCCAUCCUGAACGGCAUUUUACCAGGAAGAUGAGAUUCUGCCGUUCCCAUCUACUGAGGUUCAUCGUCGAUCUUCAACAGCACAAAAUACAAUUUUAUUAUAAUGUCACAUCAAAGUGUUAUUGUUCUCAGUUAGACAGCCGAGAUCUGUGGCCAGGGAAAUAAAUAUCCUGGGAUGGUCUAUGGCUGUGCUGUUCUGCCAAUAAGAAAAGUUUCUGGUUCAUAAUCAAAAAGUGUGAAGCCUGGUAGAACUAGAAAUGGGAAAGCUGUGGUCCUCUGAGAUCCAGAGGACUACAAGUCCAAGCAGGCAGCUACUGCUAUGUGUUUUCUAAGAGUUUGAAGGCCACAGGUUGAUCAGAUUUGACCUAGAGGUGCACAGUGCCAAAAACCAUCUCCUCUAAUGGUGGGCAAUGACAACGUAAAUAAUAAAAUUCUCUAUAUUCUAAAA